AUGGGUCCCACGAAGCCCAACGUGAGCCAACACACCUCGACGGAAAGCAAAGCUGCUGAGACCACGGCUGGGAUCCCGGUGGAGAUGAGGUCUGGGGAGACCCACGUCCCCCCCGACUGCCGGCUCUACCGCGAGGGGCUUUCGCCUGCUCUAAAUUCCGCCAGUUUCAGAAGGUUUCAGUGGCAUGGGGUCCUCCUCAAAGUCAGUGGGCUGGGGCACCUCAUCCUGCUGGUGCUGGUGGUGGUGCUGAGCGUGCAGGGCGAUGAGAUCCGGGGAAGGAACCACACGGAGCGAUGCCUGAUUUCAUCCCUGAUGCAGUAUUUCUGCGAGCCCCGGCAGGAGAGCCCCACAGCCCGUGCUGGCUGCAAGCUGUGUCCCCAGGACUGGCAGCUCCACAGGGACAGAUGCUACUGGCUUUCCAAGGAAAAGGGAAAUUGGACUCAUGGCAAGACAGACUGCGAAAAUCAGAAGUCUCAGCUGGUAGUGCUCCGGGACAAGAAAGAAGAGGAGUACAUCAAGAUUAUUACAGGCAGAGGCAAACAGCCGGUGUGGAUCGGAUUAAUAUCCCGCAAGAAGUGGAUGUGGGUGGACAACACAUCCUUCAACACCGAAAUACCCGGAGCGUGCCCCAACCCAUCCCUCCAAGAUCUUGCUGUCUGUGCGACGGUCUCGUAUUCCCCUUGCCGAAAAAAAGGGCAGGAGAAACCCCCCCCGCCUCCCCUCUUCUGCACGCCUGCAAGAGUUUGCUCCUCUCACGCAAUAAAAUUUUUGUUCUGCAGGUUUGGCAUCCUGCAGGAGGUGGAUGAAGCGUGCGGGACACUGAGACACGAGGGGGUGGAGGCCAAUACCUGUCAAGAGGAACACAAGUGGGUUUGCCAGAAAGACCCUUUCCCGCUCUCCCCACCGAUGGCAGGAGACGGAGAGAAAUGCAAUCCCUCCGUCUGACGCGUGCCCACCCCGAA